ACCCGCCUCAGCGGCGCGACAGUCCACGUGGGGAACGUGGACUGGACGGCGGGGUCGGUCAUCGUUUCGGAUGCCUUCUAUAUCCAUCCAAACUACAUCCCAAGCAAUAUAGCUGCCGGGAACGACAUCGCCCUGGUGCACUUGCCCACACCGCUGACCUUCGGACCGACCAUCCAGCCGCUCUGCUACCCGACGUCGGACAGCGUGGGAUCGGCCACGUCCGGAUGCGACGAGAAAGUCUACGGAUGGGGGGCCCUCAACCUCGUGGAUCUCGUCAAGAAAGUACUUCCCAAGAACGUGCAGAAACUGAACGUCGUAGUGUCUGAUCAAACCUACAACGAUUGCAAGGGCAUCAACAACUAUCAACUCUGCGUCUGGGGAAGUCCCAAGGCCAGUGGGCCCUGUAACGGAGACAGCGGCGGACCCUUGGUGAUCAAAUACGGAACCACAGCCUACGUGUCGGGAGUCCUCUCUCGCGCCAAGACCCAAGCUGCGAAGUGCAAAGGCGCUUUCCAGUACACCAGAACUUCCGCGUACGACGACUGGGUCCUAUCCCAGAUCACCGCCGCCUCU